UUUCACACUCUCCUUCCUUCCUCACGCAACCUUCACAUUCUCAUCUGUUCCCACACUUUUACAUUUCAUCGCGCAACCCGUCCACACUCACAACCAUACAUCUUUCACAUAACAUUCUUUGAUCAGUUCCAUUGAACAUCGUCAAUUUCAUCAUAUAAGUUCACAAAGCAUUACAAGAUGCCAGCAGAGAAAGCUGAGAACGGCUCUGUCGAGGUCGCCGACAAUUCGCUCUCAUCGAAUGACGCCAAGAUCAUCAACGUCAUUCUGAAGCACUGCAUAGAGAGCGCCAGACCAACCUCCGUGAUCUGGGAGAACGUCUGCAAGGAGCUUAACUUCAAGACCGCCGAGGUUGCCCGCGAGCGCUACCGGCAGCUAUGCAAGAAGCACCACUGGUUCGAGGGCAGCAAGGACAACAUGCCAACCCCGACGACGAGCCCCAAGAAGCGUGCCCCCAACCAAGCUGCGACCUCCCAGCUUCCUAAGGAGAACGGGGCCACGAGCGCUACUAGUGGUUGGGAGGCGGAUGUUAACAGCUCCACCCCCGUCAAGAAGCGCAAGUUGAACAAGAUGGCCCGAGCAACCAAGCAGAAGACCGUCAAGGGAAACGAUGCUAAGAAGCGCUGUACCCAAGCCAAGCGCGUGGUGUCGGAUAGUGACGAGGCCUAGUCCAUAAUAGCUCUUUGUCAGAUCAGCACUCUAUGUGGACUUGUUCGAUUCGCUGCCAAGAUCGCAGGUUUAUAUCAACUGUCGUAGAGUGCUAAUGUUACAGAGCUUUUGACAUGGUCGCCGGCUCCUAUUCAUGUCAACACCAUCAUAGUCGGAUAACGCACUCGCAUUAAUGUCACUUGUUAGGCCUUUAGCAGUCCAUGUCACUCCUGCUAAGCAACGCGGUCGGGGGUGUUACCGGGGGAUUGUCGUUGGAGGUCGGCCACUUUACGGUCAUUAUAUUGUCGACCUGGUUGUUUUGUCUCGCUGGUUUCCUUUGCGGUUGGGCUAUGUUGUGGUCAUGAAACCACGAGUCGUUGGCUUUCGCAGUGUAGUUAGGAUGGUUUGGUUUGUCGAGGCAACUCGGUAGUGCAGUCUAGUCGCAAAUCAGUGUGUAAUUGACGUCUUCAUCCCAAAUCCGAUUGGUCAAUCCUUGUGUGCCCCAUCCCCCUAUGUUCGAUUUGAGCCAAUUGCUUGCGUCCCAUAUUCACCUGAGACAUUGUAAAAGAAUUAUCUUAUAUAAAAUCUUUCCUUCUGCUAUUUUAUCGUUGACGUAGGAGGGCUGUACUCGUAAUUUUAUCUUCUUU